AUCAGUAGGUCAGAGGUCGUAGUUGGAGGCCUGAAGAUGCUUUUGUCUCCCAGCCGUUGUAUCAUCCUUAUUCUACUUAUCAACUCCGUCUGUUCUGGACGAGUUCUGAGGAAGAUUAAGGAGCGCGUGCGUAAAAUUCAGUAUGAAAAAGCGAAGAAGAAUGUGCUGAUGAGCGCAGUCAACGGGCAUAAACCCAUAUGCGAAGUGAGAGACGGGAAAAUUCACCAACCCCUGGACCACUUCGACAGUCAAAACGAUGAAACCUUCCCUCAGAGGUUUUUAGUGAAUGAAGCCUAUUGGGAGCGUCCUCAUGGCCCAGUGUUCCUGUUCAUCGGAGGGGAGGGCCCCAUCUCUGAAUUCGAUGUGCUGGCAGGCCACCAUGUGGACAUGGCUGAGGAGCACGGGGCCCUGCUUGUGGCCCUGGAGCAUCGUUUCUACGGCGAGAGCAUCAACAAAGAUGGCCUGGAGACUGAGAACCUGGGAGACCUGUCCAGCCAGCAGGCUCUCGCCGACAUCGCAGAAUUCCAUCAAUACAUCAGCGAUCGCUUUGACCUCUCCGACAAAAAUACCUGGAUCAGCUUCGGAGGUUCCUAUGCUGGGGCCUUGUCUGCCUGGCUCAGGGGAAAGUUCCCCCACCUGGUCUACGGUGCUGUGGCAUCCUCCGCUCCUGUCAAAGCCAAACUGGACUAUUCCGCCUUCAACAAAGUGGUGGGUCUAAGUCUUGCAGACGAGGACGUUGGAGGUUCAGAUAAGUGUGUGGGGGACAUCUGGGAAGCCUUUGCUGCCGUGGAGGCCGCCCUGUUUGCGGGGAACACCACUGAGGUUGGGAAGGACUUUGGGUGCUGUGAGACUCCUGAGGAUCUGGAGGACCAGAUUGAGCUGAUGCAGAGCCUGGCUGACAUCGUCAUGGGAACUGUGGCGUACAACGAGGAGGGAGGCAUCCUGACUAUUGAGGAGCUCUGUGACAUCAUGACCAAUGAGACAGAGACCUUCGAUUCGGAGACUGAGGCCUACGACCGGCUGAUCAAACUGGUGCAGAUAGACCGUGCCACUGGCGAGGAGCCCUGUCUGGAUGCGUCCCACAAGCAGACCAUCAAGGACUUGAGUGACACCAAUCUGGACUCUGCCUACAAUGGAGAGAGACAGUGGUACUACCAGACCUGCACCGAGUUCGGCUUCUUCCAGACGUGUGAGGAUGCCAGCUGUCCCUUCUCCCGCAUGCUGACCCUGCAGGCUCAGACCGACCUGUGUCCUGUGGUGUUCAACAUCCCCCAGCACAGUCUGCCCGGACACAUCGCCUUCACCAACAAGUACUAUGGAGGAGACCACCCCAACACCGACAGGGUGCUCUAUGUCAACGGUGACAUUGACCCCUGGCACGAGCUCAGCGUCCUGGAAGAGGACUUGGACAAGGAGGACAAAGACAUGACCAUCCUCAUCGAGGGCACCGCCCACUGUGCCGACAUGAACCCCGAUGGCAUCGCAGACCGCCCCGCCCUGAAACAGGCACGCAAGGCCAUUGAGAGGAAGGUUGCCAAGUGGCUGAAGGAAGCUGCCUGGAAGCUUGUGGGCUGAUGGACCCAACGGCAGGUCACCUGAUCAUCUGACUGUCAUGACCAUCACUCAGCCCAUCAAACUGAUCUGACCUGGUUGUACUGCGGUGACCCCUCCUCCUCUUCCUGUAGCUCCGUGCUCAUAUUACACAUGUACCAUUACUAUAACCACAACUAUGGCCC